AUGAUACAGAAGGAAGGAGUUGUAAAGGAAUGCAUUAAAAAUGAACAUAAAGGUUAUUAAAUUCUUGCUGUGGACCUUUCAGAGGAGUUAAAUAAAGAAAAUGAUCAAAAAAAAUACUAUUGUGUGAAAUGUUUAAUUGAGAAAAUUGGAAUUAAAAAGAUUGUUCUUUAUGAAGAAGCAAUCAAAAAUAAUGAAAUUUUAAAUGAAUAGUUACAGAAAACUAAUAAUCAACAAACUUAAGAAAAGUUAGACUAUUUUACAAAAUUAUAAACAUAGUUUAAAUUAGUUGAAGAAAGAUUCUAAAAAUCUAUUUAAAGUGUUUUUAAUUAUAUAGAGUCAAAGUUAAAAGCUACAUAAUAAAAAAUUGAAAAAGUUCCUGAACCUACAAUAUUGGAUGAUAGUAUUAAAUUAUUGUAAAAUUGUUAUGAGGAAGAUGGUAAAUUUGUUAUUCCUUCUCCUGAUUUAGAUCUAAAAAAAACUUAUGAUUUUUCCCAAUACAUGCUGAAAUUUAGAUAAUUAAUAUCGAAUUCUGAAUAAAUAAUUGAGGAAGAAACAGGCAUAUAAACAAUCGAACUGAAGUAAUAAAUUAAUUUAUUGUUUGAUGAUAAACAAAAAAGAACCCCAGCAGUAAAUUUGAUAUGUGAAAGUCAUAAUAUGGAGAUUAUUAUGUUUAACUUAAAUCAAACAGAAUUUGAAUAAACAAACCCAUUUUUAUGUGUUGAAUGUGCAUAAGAUCUUUUAAUUAGAGGGAAUAAUGCUAUUGCUAAAACAAUAUCAUUAAUAAAGGCAGAAGAAAAAUGGAAUGAGUACAUUAAAGAUCAGAGCGAAAAAAGAUCAUAACGGCAAUCAAGACUUGGUUCAGCAAUUGGAUUCAUUAAAAAAUUAUAAGAAAAGUAUAAUUAUGAAUUGAAUAAAAUGAUUUAAUCCUUAAAUGAUUAAUUAAAACAAUAGCCUAAAUAUUACGAAUAACUUAAGAAAUUGAAAACAACUAGAUUAUAAAAUUAAGAUAAACAAAGUCUUCAUGAAAUUGUUAAAAUUCUUGGUUAAACUGAUUAAUAAAAAAGAUGUGAAUAAAUUUCAAAUUAAGAAGAUUGGCAAUUUUUCGAUAAUCAAAAGAAAGUAUUAGAAGAGUUAAUUAAAGAAAACUUACUAGUAGAAAAUUAAAUGUAAUGGCUCUAAAACUUUAAUGCAUGUAUUUAUUUAGAGCCCCAAGAUUAUAGUGAUGAUUGCAAAGAUACCAGUCAAAAUGACCUAGAAAUAUUAGAAUUUCUUAAAAGAUCCUCUAUCUAAGAUUAAUAUUUUUCCUUCUUUGAAAAUUCCUUUAAUUCUUUAAGGAAAUUUGAAUAAGAGGAACAGGCAUUAAAAUAAAAAGGAAAACUUGAAAAUUUAACAUAGCUAAAACAGGAAACAGAAUCUGAUUCAAUUUUAUUAUAAUAAGAUUUGCAAGCUAAAUUGAAAAGUUUAAUGAAUGUUGAUGAAUUAUAAACUUCUAAAGAAUAAUAUGAAAAAUUAUUACUAUUAGAGAAUCAAUAUAAAAAGAAAAUUACAGAUUUGGAAUUUCUUAAUAAAAAAUAGAAAACUGAGAUUGAAAACGGUUUAAUUCAAAUAGAAAAACUUAAUAAUUUGUUAGCACAGAAUAAAAAUCAAAUAACACAGAAUAAAAAUCAGUAUUUAGAAUAGAUCUCAGAACUAAAGCAAGCUUAUUCAUUUUCUGAGUUGUCUUGGUCAACAGGAGAUACAAGAAUACUGUUAAACGAUUAUGCCUAAAAAAUUUACAGAAAAAUAGAAGAAAGAACUAGAAGAACCAUUAAAAAAAAAUACUUGAUAGAUUCUUCUUACAAUUGUAAUUAAAAUACUUUCAGUGCGUUGAUGAGUAGAAUAAAUAAAAAGUCUAAUUUAUUAAUGAUUUUUAAAUCAAGAACUUAAUAUAUUUUUGGUGGAUUUUCACCUUGUUAAUGUUUAAUAAGUGGAAGUUGGCAAACUGACGAAUAGCAAUAAUCAUUUUUAUUUUCGUAGACUCACGAUGAAAUUUAUACUUAAAAAGACAAAAGUUAUACAAUGUUAUUUUGUUAAUCCCAGAUACAAUAUGGGUAUUAGGAUAUAAUUAUCAUGAAUGAUUUUUAGAAAGGUUCAUCAAAUUUAGGAUAUGCCUAUUAAUUUAGUCAAUAUGGAUAAGCACAUGCAAAAAAUCAUUUAUUCGGAUCACCUGAGCCAAAUAUUAUGUAAUUUGAGGCUAUUAUGUUAAUAUUUGCUUGA